AUGAGUCUAAACACUGAAAGAGAUGAUUCAUUCCCUGUAAUUAAUGAUUAUGAAGAGUUCCUGAAAAAGUCAAAAACUCACUUUGAAAAUACCUUCAACAAGAAAGUAUCGACCACCAUGUCUAUUGAAGAAUUCAGUUGUAUAAGAACUCUAGGCACUGGUUCAUUUGGCCGUGUCAUGCUUGUCAGACAUAAGGGAUCUGGAAGUUAUUAUGCUAUUAAAAUUCUGGAUAAAUCAAGAAUCGUUAAACUAAGACAAAUAGAACAUACAUUAAAUGAGAAGAAGAUACUCCAGGCUCUCCGAUUCCCUUUUAUAGUUUACCUAGAAUAUUCUUUUAUGGAUAGUAAUUAUAUUUAUUUUGCAAUGCCAUUUGUUUCUGGUGGUGAAAUGUUCUCUCUUCUCCGAAAGAGUGGAAAAUUUGAAGAAACACAGUCAAAAUUCUAUGCAGCGCAGGUAGUUUUGGCUUUAGAAUACAUGCAUUAUCUUGAUAUUAUUUAUCGUGACCUAAAACCAGAAAACAUUUUAAUAGACAGAUUUGGCUACUUAAAAGUUACAGACCUUGGUUUCUGCAAAGUUAUAAGUUCUAGAACAUGGACACUUUGUGGCACACCAGAAUACAUAGCUCCUGAAAUUAUUUUAAGUAAGGGAUAUGGCAUGGCUGUUGACUGGUGGUCCUUUGGUGUUCUUGUAUAUGAAAUGACUGCUGGCUUUCCACCUUUCUAUGCCAAGGAGCCAAUGAAGAUUUAUGAGAAAAUACUAUCGGGCAAGUAUCGAAAUGCACCUUCUUUUGGUAGUGACAUUAAAGACCUUAUAAAAAACUUGCUUCAGGUUGAUGUUACCAGAAGGUUUGGUAAUCUUAAAAAUGGUGUCGAUGACAUUAAGAAUCACAGAUGGUUCAAUAGUAUUAACUGGAUGGAAAUCUUAAACAGAGAAAUCAAACCCCCAUAUGUACCAUCUUUAAAAUCUUCUGGGGAUUCAAGCAACUUUGACCAAUAUAGAGAGGAGCCUCUGAAGCAGUCGGGGACAGACAGAUAUGCAAGAGAGUUUAGAGAUUUCUAA